CCUGGUUAGGGAAAUACUUAUUCCUCUAUGCAUAUGAAAGAAUGGCCCUUUAAUCAGGUUAGCUAAAGUUCCUCAGCAGACAACAAUGGAGUUUGUAGAAGGAAAACUGAAAGAAGAGAAGUGGUUUGGUGAGACAGUCUUCCCUAGGACCCUCCUCCCCUUUCAUAGAUGUGAAGAUGGAGCCACAACGCUUUCUCCUUCAUUUCCCGAGCGCGAAGGGGGAGAAACGCGUUUGGCAGAAGCUGUAAGGGCAAAUCGUGUGUGGCUCGAUGAACAGUUGAGUCGUCACGGUGCUAUACUCUUUCGAGGGUUUGAUGUCCGUCGUGCCGAGGACUUUCAAAACGUGGUGGAGGCGUUUGGGUGGGAGGAGAUGGAUUAUGGGAUUGGCGACGCCACGCGAUCCAAGGUUAUCGAUCGUGUCUAUAGCGCCAACGAGGCUCCGCCCGAGGUGCUCAUCGAUUUCCACCAUGAGAUGUCAAAUAGAAAAGAAUUCCCUUCGAAGGUCAUCUUCUUUUGUAUGGAGCCCCCACGAGAAGGUGGUGAGACCUCAAUACUACCCAGCCACAUUAUUGUCGAGAAGAUGGAGGAGGCCAUGCCAGAAUUUGUCGAUAAAUUGGGAAAUGUGGGAGCUAUUAUGCGAUUGUGGAACCCAAAGGACUACACUACCAAGAAAAUGUUCAGGAGAACGUGGCCACAGAUACUACAAACUGAGGACAAGGCCGAAGCAGAAAAGCGGGCUCUGAUGAAACUAGGUUGCAACUCAGUUAAAUUUCUAGAGGAUGGGAGAGCUGAAUUUGAAUAUGGGCCCUUAAACCCAAUAAGAACUUUUCAUGGGGGGCGCAGGGCUUGGUUCCUCACCAUUGUAGGCUACAGUGGCAAGCCUGAAGACGACAUGGGUUUGAGCUUUGCGGAUGGGACUCCAUUUCCUAAUGAAGCCUUCAAAACCUACAAGAAGAUUAGGGAUGAGAACAACGUGAAUAUAAGAUGGGAAAAGGGUGAUAUCUUGCUUCUUGACAACCUUGCUGUUCAGCAUGCUCGGAGGCCCGGGAAGCCGCCUCGCAUCAUUUUAGCUUCACUGUGCAAGUGAAUUCUAGUUUCUCUCUCUUUGUAUGUGUGCGCGCGUGCUUUGUUUUUGCUUCAUUAUGCAAGUAAAUUUUACAAACUUCCAAUCAAUUUUAAAAUUUCGCGACUUCGUAACUCA